AUGACCCCGCCAUUCGUCGAGAUCGUCGCCUUCGAAAACGCGAUUGACGGGCCGCCUGGCCGCACGCGCCAGCACCUUCAUCAACAGCAGCAGGGCAGGGUACCCUUUGGUGGUGGCAGGGAGGGGCAGGGGGCCAUCGGGCCCGAGACGCGCGGAACUUCCCCGUACACCGUGAGCCAUUCCACGUCAACGGAAACUCUCAUGACCACCUCCGCCGCCGUGGAGCCGGGCGCGGGUCUCGCCGCCGCUGCGGACAGCAUCAGCGAGUGCUUGCACGGCUUCCCUUCCCGCGUGCACACCGGGGCCAAGACUCCGCACCCGGUGACGGGGUCACAUCGAUUCUUCGACGGGGCAAGCGUCGGCAGUGCUGGCGGUGCUGAUAUGUCUCUCCACCAGCAGCCGGCCUCCUCCUCUCCUUCACAGUUUCCGUCGCAGCCGGAGCCGGUGGACUCGCUGGCCUCGGUUCUGGGUCCUGGCGGCCUCUACGUGCGCUUCCACAUAACCUACGGCGGUGCGAUGCACCUGUCGCUGAACAUUGCGGUGCAGCAUGAGAUUCGACUCGGCGCUGUUGCACUGCGUGUCAGCCUGCCCAUGAUGUUCUGCAUCGCUAACCUCGACCUCGACUGCUACAUCUGCGUGAACAUGAAGCACAACAUGUGCGAAGUGUGGCUCGAGCCGGGCCCGCUCUCGCCGUCCGUGGUGAAUCGACUGAGCAUCACCGCCAUCGUCGGCGGGGACGACGAUGAUGGCGGCUCCUCGACCGACUUCUAUUCUCACUUUGGCGGCAGCAGCAUCUCCGACGGCGACGGCGUUGAGGAGGAAAGCGGUGUUUACGUGAAUGAGCACGAGGUGUCGCAAUUUGUGCUGCAUGAGCUGCGCUCCAUCUUGCGCGAGACGCUUGUCGCGCCACAUUCCGUUCGCAUACCGGUGUCCUUCGGCGGCAGCUAA